AUGUCGGAUGAAUCAGACACUGACUAUGCGACCGAGUACGAUUAUAACCAUCUUGCACACAUAGUGCAAAGCAAAAACCUACACAAUUUGUACGAAACUGACGACGAGAGCGAAGACGAGGAUGCACAAUCAGUCGAUCCCGAGCUCCGCGAACUAGAAAAUGAGGAAGAAGAACUGGAAGAUGAAUUGAGAGAAUGCAUGAGAAAUCGAGACGAGCGUGAAGAAGCAUACAAGUUCAUCAAUGACGCCACUGCCUGGGUAGUGGAAUAUGACGAGAUGCGGAACCGUUGUGAGAAACUGGAAGCCGAUAACAAGGAACUCCUCAACCAGGUCAAUUCAGCCGUAGAGCCGAAGAAAGCCGCAGAAAAUGGUGCCAAGAGUUUCAGCGCUGAAUUCGAGCAGUCCAAGUCGGACAAGGCAAAACUCGAUAUUCAGAUCAACGCGCUGCAGACGAACGCGUCCAAAGCCGCUGCCCAAUACGAGAACGACAGCAAUGCGUGGAAGUUAGAGAAAGAACAACUCGAUACCCAGAUCAACACGCUGAAGACAAACGCCCUCAAUGCAGCUGUCAAACACGAGAACAACAGAAACGCGUGGAAGUCAGAGAAGGAACAACUCGAAGCUCGAAUUAGGACAUUAGAGACAAAUACUGGCAACGUAGCUCCCGAAUACAGCAAAGAUAGCGCUACAUGGAGGUUGGAAAAACAGCGACUUGAGUAUGCAGCCACCAAGUCAGAGACAGAAGCAAUUGCUGCGGUCGAGAAACUCGAUAGCGAGAGGGCACGCUGGAGAGAGGCCGAAUAG